AUGAGUCUCCAAUUUGAAUACCAACUGUAUAUAAGCAAACAUGGCAUACGGUCGUUCUUAAAUAAGUACAUUCCUAAUAGUAUAACCAAGCUUGAAUUAUGUAAGCUAAUAUUAGAUCUAGAUUAUGAUAAAAAGCAUGUACUAAAUUAUGAUUCUCGACCAAUAAUAGAGAUUGCAGCUAUUUUGGUAAACUUACUAUUAGAAGAUAUUAGAUAUCAAAAGUUAACUAUUAGUGAUGAAAAGAUAAAUCAAUCACCAUAUUCUAUAAGACAAUUUUGUAAUGAUCUUCAAUCUCUGAAGAGAAUUUUAAUUGUUACAGGUGCAGGAAUAUCAACAUCUUUAGGGAUACCUGAUUUUAGAUCAAUUCAAGGAUUAUAUAGUCAAUUAUCUCAUUUACAUUUUAAAGAUCCUCAAUUAGUAUUUGAUAUUACUGAAUUCAAAAAGAAUCCUGAAAUCUUUUACUCAGUGGCUCAUUUGAUAUUACCUCCUCUGGGUAAAUAUUCAGUAUUACAUGGAUUUAUUAAAUUACUUCAAGAUAAGCAUAGUUUACUUCGAAAUUAUACUCAAAAUAUUGAUAAUCUUGAAUCUUAUGCUGGCAUUAAAAGUGAUAAAUUAAUUCAAUGUCAUGGAUCCUUUGGAAGUGCUACAUGUUUAACAUGUCAAAAUCAAUUUGCUGGUGCAAAAAUAUUUAAUCAUAUUAAACAUAAACAAGUUCCAAGAUGUUCUUCAUGUUGGAAAGAUACUCAUGAAGCUCCUAUGAAUUAUGGAGUUAUUAAGCCUAAUAUAACAUUCUUUGGAGAAGAUUUACCCCAAAGAUUCUAUAAAUGUAUUGAAAAUGAUCGUAAGAAAUGUGAUUUGGUAAUCGUCAUAGGUACAUCUCUAAAAGUUGAACCUGUGGGAAGUAUUAUUGAUAGAACUCCUCGCAAAGUUCCUCGAAUAUUGAUUAAUAAAGAACCACUACCUCAACGAGAUUUCAAUUUAACUUUAUUAGGAAGUUGUGAUGAUAUUGUCUCUAUUAUAUGCUCAUUAUUGGGAAAGGAAUGGCACAUACCUCAUGAAAAUUUCAAACCAACUACUGAUUCAAGCUUUGUACGUCAUGAAACGUUACCUCUGACCUACGUUAUAAAGUGA